AUGGCGGGCACCACGGGCAUCUCAACACACACCAGCCCCAACGGCGCCUGGCGCAUCACCACCCGCAAACUGCCCAUCCUCAAAGCAGAUCCCAUCGAAGCCCUCUCCAACGACAUCGGCAUCCCCAUCCCCGAGAUGAUCUUCGGCGACAACUUCGUCUCCGUAACACAUAUUCCCUCGCAGUGGACGCUCGAGUUCAACGCCCGAGAUGCGCUUGAUCGCGUUAGCAAAACCGAGCAGGGAAUGUUACAGGUUGCCGUCGCGGAGGAGUGGAAGAAGGAACGCGCGCAUCAAGAGGAGGUCAAGCAGGUGGUGAAACCGUUUGAUUGGAGUUAUAGCACAGAUUAUCGGGGCACUACGCAUGCGGAGAAAGGUGGAGAAUGGAGAGAUGCGGUGGGGGAGAGGGAGGUCGUGCGGACAGAUUUGCUGGCCCGACAAGAUCCGAUUCAGUUCUUCGAUGCAGUAGAUUUGUACGAAGAUGAGCUGGCAGACAACGGGAUCGCGCUGUUGAAUAUCAAAGUCAGAAUGAUGCCAGAGAGACUGUUAUUGCUGAGUCGGUUCUUCCUGAGACUGGAUGGGGUGGUGAUCAGGAUACGAGACACGAGGGUGUAUGUGGAGCAUGCGGAGAAGAAGGUCAUCAGGCAGUAUACGGCGAAGGAGGAGGAGUAUGAGGUGGUGCAAGAGAAGUUGAGAGGGAUGAGGGAGAAUGUGCCCGAGGCGUUCCGAGAUGCGAAUAAGCUGGCGCCGAUGUUGAGGACGAUUGAGGAUCGGACGGAGGUUUUUGAGAUGCCUUGA